GGUGCGCUGAUUAGUACGAUGUGUUCUGCACCCGUGUACCAUCCCAUGUUGGAGGCAAGGUAAGCUGUGGAGGAGAGGCCCGGGGCGAGAUGAGGAGACUAGCGUACUUCGGCUUCGACAUCCGUGGGGUACUUCACAUUUAGGGACCCCACUGUGCAAUGCGACUCGGAUCAAGAAUAAAGCCUCAGACAAAUAAAUAGUCGAAGAAGUACGUGGUAGGCCCUGACUCGGAGAAGCAGAUACUCACAAUAUUCCUUUUCCUAUACACUGUUCCUGCUUGAACCUCACAAUUUGCAACUUACCAUGGCUUCUUCAAUCGCCCCCAACAACCUCCUCAGUAAUGCAGCGCAAUCGAGGAUAUGCACCGCAUUUGGUAUCAAGAUAACGCCGGAUACAUCGAUAGUACACAUUGCCAAAGCAGCUGGCUAUGACUCGUUGUUCAUCGACCUGGAGCAUACAGCCAUGACAAUCAAAGAUGCCAAUCAACUAUGCAUCACAGCAAACUCAGCUGGGAUCACGCCCUUCGUUCGCGUGCCACACCAGUGCGGUAACGGGUUCGUACAACGGGUCUUGGAUGUUGGAGCCAUGGGUAUCAUUGUUCCACAUAUUCACACAGUCGAUGAUGCUCUCCGCGCGAUAAACAUCUCUAAAUAUCCUCCCAUGGGCAAACGAUCAAUCAGCGCCGGCUUCCCUCACUUCGAAUUCGCCCCCGUACCUACCACCACCAUGACUGCGCAGAUGAACGCAACCGGCUCUACUGUCUUCAUUAUGAUAGAGACGGCGGACGCUCUUGCAGCUGUCGACGAUAUCGCCGCGCUAGCAGGCGCCGAUGUACUCCUCGUCGGCUCCAACGACCUAGCUUCAGAAAUCGGAACUCUGGGCGAUUGGGACGCACCAUGCUUCCUAGCCGCGCUGGAAAAGGUGGGUGCAGCUGCGAGAAAACACGGCAAGAUUAUGGGUAUUGCGGGAUUGUACCAUAGGCCAGAUAUAUUGGAGCGCGUGAUCAAUGAGUUCGGCGCAAAGUGGGUAGUGGGUGCUCAGGAUGUUGGGUUGUUGUUGCAAGGCGGAACGGCAAACUCUGCUUUAUUAAGAAGUUUACAAAAGUAAAGCAAAAAUGGUUUCUUCCUUCAUCUUUUUU